AUGUACAGGCACUUGGCUGAACACUUGGGGCACGAAGACAAGUGGGACGAGGAUCUCGAAGCCAUGCAACACAGCUUGCAACCAUUAGGAUUUGAAGUGCGAUCGUGCCAUGAUGAAAGAAGUGGCAUAGUCUUUCUUGUGCUGAUAAACACGAAAUCCGACGCGCUUGCUCAAGUCGCUACGCCGUACACAGCCUCUGAGCUGCAAUACAUCAAGACCCUCAUCCACGCGAUUUUUCAUGCCAAUGAUAAUCAGUAUGCACUGUCUUCGACGCAGGCAUUGCAGCUUGCAAUGCAAUCGCAACCUGUGCCACUGACGAAACAUGCAGCCUCACAGCUGCUUGAGAAUCUCGAACGACGCGGAUGGCUCCACCUCUCGCGGACAAUUGGUGCAUAUUCUCUAACUCUGCGUGCCUUGCAUGAACUAGACACGUACAUCCGAACUGAGUUGGAGGACUGUGUGCUGGAAUGUCUCACAUGUUACGCUAUCGUAACCCAAGGCGAACGGUGUUCCACGCCGGCGUGCCGUGGUGCCGUGCAUACAUCAUGUGUUGACGCGUAUCGAGCCGGCCAUGCGACGUGCACAGUCUGCGGCCAAGCGUGGCAGACCGUGCCAGUUGGCGUCAUCAGCACCAGCACUAGGGACGAAACUACUCCAAUACCAGAGGAACCAGUUGAAUGA